AUGGAUGGCCGCGACUUCGCGCCGCCGCCGCCGCAUCUGCUGCCGGAGCGCGGGAGCCUGGGCCACCGCAGCGCCGCCGCCGCCGCGCGCCUCGCCCCGGCCGGGCCGGCCGCGCAGCCCCCGGCGCCUUUCCAGCCGGGAAAGUACUUCGCGUCGCCGCUGCCCGUGGCUCCGCACACAGCCAGCAGCCGCUUGAUGGGCAGUUCCCCGGCCGCCUCGUUCAUGGGCAGCUUCCUCACCAGCAGCCUGGGCACAGCGGCCCCCUCGCACCCCAGCGGCCCUGCCUCCUCCCCCUCGGAGCAGACCUACCGCGGCCCCCACCCCGCCGCCUCCCAGAUCUGGUUUUCCCACUCCCAUGAAGCUCCAGGAUACCCCAGAUUUUCGGGGAGUCUGGCGUCUACCUUCCUACCCGUGAGCCACUUGGAUCACCAUGGGAACGGCAGCGUUCUGUACGGGCAGCCUCGUUUCUAUGGAGCCCAGAAAGACAACUUCUACCUGCGCAACCUGCCCCCCCAGCCUGCGCUGCUGCCCGCCAACCACAGCUUCCCGGGCGUGGCCCGCGCCGGCUCCUGCAGCCGGGACCGGGCUGAGGCCGGCUCCCUGCAGAAGGGCCCCAAGGAGUUUGACCGCUUCCUCGUGGGCAAGGACAAGGCCGGCCAGGUGGCCGAGGGCAAGGACGAGGACAGCGGCAAGGAUCGGCACAGGCUGGUGCUGCCGGUGCCGGCCGACGGGCACUGCAAGGAGGGCCGCCCCAAGCACCUGGCCUCCUGCCUGCUCAACGCCAAGGUGCUCACCGGCGAGGCAGGCAAGGCCGCGCUGCCCACCUGCGCGGGGGCCGUGCUGGGGUGGCCAGGCGCGAGCCCGGCGCCUGCUGGUCGCUGCACCAAGGAGGCGGCGGGCCCCGCCGAGCCAGGGCCUGCCUUCGGCGAGUGCCUGGAGCGGCGGCAGAUGCUGCACCAUGCCGUGUCCUACACAGUGCCCUCUGGCCUGCCUGCUGGGCCGCCCCCGCCCCUCAGCUCAGCCAGCGGCUCCUUCCCCUGCCUGCAGCUGCACGCCGGCCCGGACGGGCUCUGCCCGCUGCAGGACAAAGCCCCCCGGGACCUGAAGGCCAGUGGGCCCACCUUCGUGCCUUCCGUGGGACACCUGGCCGACAAGAGCCGCCCCUGCCAGGCGGCCGAGGCCUGCGCCGUGGCUGUGGAGGGCAAGGAGCGGCACCUGGAGGGGGCCAUGGCGCCCGACCACGCCGUGUCCUACGGUGUCUCCUACGCCCAGCUGAAGGCCGAGGGCAAGGGUGAGCGGCGGCCCGGGGGCUUCGAGACCGGCCUCAACCCACGCCUCAAGGGCCUGGAGUAUCUUGGCAGCUCCGGCCCGGAGGACGCCUUCCCCGGGCUGCCCCAGGGUGCCCAGGACAAGGGCAGCUAUUUCGAGUGGCCCCCCACCGCCCCCUCGCAGGACUGCGCCCGGUCCAGCCACCAGGACCCACUGCUGGGAAAGGCCACACAGGCCUGCUGCACCUUGGACAGGGCCGCCAAGGAGGCCCCUGCGGGCCCCACCGGGGUCCAGAAAGUGGCCCGCGUCCGGCAUCAGCAGCACCCAGCGGGCCCGGAGGCGGAACCAGGGGCGGUCGGGGCCGAGGUGAAGCGCAAGUCCCUGGAGCUGGCGUCCCUGGGCUACGGCGGACCCCACCUGCCUCCGUGGGGCGUGCAGGCUGGCCAGGGCCCCACGGCGGCCGGCGGCGAGGAGCGCAAGGGCGGUGCCUACCUGGACCCCUUCGGCAGCGGCCUGCAGCCAGCGGCCCUCCUACCCCAGGAGCUGCCCGCGCCGCCCGACGAGGUCUCAGCCAUGAAGAACCUGCUCCAGUACAGCAACCAGGCGCUGGCUGUGGGCCAGAAGCUGCCCUUCGUGGGCCUGGGUGGGCUCAAGGCCAGCUGCGUCCAGCAGGAAGCCAAGUUCCCGGCCUCCAAGGGUUUGGGCCCGGCAGACAGGCCCGACUGUGCCCGUAGCCGGGAGCACGAUACCGGGCACGGAGACGGGGAGGUACGGCAGCCCCCUGUGGGCAUUGCCGUGGCCUUGGCCCGGCAGAAGGACACGGUGGGUCGGCCCGAGGUGGCCUACGGCACCAACACUGGACGGCAGGGCCGGGCCGCCCCCACCUUCAAAGCUGGCAGUGGGCCCCGUGCCACACACGCGCUGGACUUGGAAGCCGAGGAGGAGAGGACACGGCUGUGCGAUGACCGCCUGGGGCUGGCCGGCCGUGAGCUGCUGCAGGACAGCAAAGACCUCGUGGAGUUUGCCCGGCUCCGCCCGUCCAGCAGCUGCCCGGGAGACCUGGGCCCCCACCUCCUGAUGCAGAGCGGCCAGCUGGGCGGGGACCCCGCCCCGCCUCCGCCCUGGCUGCCCCGCACCCGUAGCCCCUCCUUGUGGAUGGGAGGACACUCCUACGGCCUCAGCCACCCUGCCCUGCACCAGAACCUGCCUCCCGGCUUCCCCGCCUCCGUGCCCGGCUCCAUGCCCUCCGUGUUCCCCCUCCCCCAGGACGCCCCCACACAGCUGGUCAUCCUGCCCUCGGAGCCCACGCCCCACGCCGCUCCUCACGCACUUGCUGACGUCAUGGACCAGGCCUCGCUGUGGCCCCCCAUGUACGGGGGCCGUGGCCACACCUCGCACAUGCAGCCCCCGGGCCAGCUCCCCGUCUACUCGAGGUCACAGCUGCUGCGGCAGCAGAGGGCGGCACAGGCGCUGGAGCUGCCUCGGGCCCCCCAGUUCCAGCGAAAGCCGGAGGAUCACCGCCCGGAGCCAGAGAUGCCGGCCGCAGACAGGGCCCCGACGUCCACCCACAAGCCAGUUGCCUUAACCCCCACGGCCAAGGGCGCUUCCUUGUUUGCUGCUGCCGCCGCCGCAGGCCCAGCCAGGCUGUCGCCCUGCUGCCACUCACCCAACCCGAAGCCCCCCGCCCGGUGCCCCACCCCACCGCCGCGCCCCAGUGCCCCCUGCACUUUACCCGUCUGCCCUGCCAGCAGCCCUGGGCCCAGCCCCAAGGUGCCCAGCGCCGAGGACAAGAGCGGGGAGGGCCGGCGGCCCGGAGCUGACCUCACCACCUUGGAGCCAGACCUGCCUCCUGGAUGCCCACACCCCUCGCCCGGCAUGGGCUUCGCCUCCCUGCCCGUGGACACACUGUCUGACCUCGUGGGCCCCGAAACUAUGCAAACCACCCCCCGGGUGGCCCCGCCCGAGCCCACGGGGGCCUUCCUGCCUGUGGGGCCGCCCCCCUGCCGCCCCAGGAGCCUGCAGGAGCCUGGGCCACUCUCGGGGGCCGGGGAGCCCACCCAGGACCUUGUCACCGCGCCCCACCCUGCCGAGCGGGGUCCCCCGGGGAAGGCGGCAGCCCCCAGCCCCCGAGAGGGGCUACAGGAACUGCAGCGUGGGGCCCUCGUCGAGGCCAGCAGCCCCGAGGCCCCUGGCCAGGCCCGUUCUACUCAGGGAGGGGGGCAGGAGGAGAGGACCACGGAGCAGCAGCGCGAGGAGGGGGAGCAGGGGCCUGCGUCCGAGGCCCACGCCCCAGCCCCGGAGCCGCCAGCGGGGAGCCCGGGCACCCUCGGGGGGCACGAGGAGGGCAUGUGCCAGGUGCCCGAGGCGGCCAGGCCAGGGGAAGGAAGUGUGGAGGACUUGGAGGACUGGGCAGCGCCUUCUGAGAGCAGCUGUACGCCCAGGGCGCUGCCGGGCCUGGACGCCCUGGUGGCCGCCGCUGUCGACCUGGGAGACCUGCCCAGCGUGGACCCGCCGGGCGCCUGGCUCCCCAGUGCCACGCCCACGCCCUGCAGCUCAGGGAUGCACGGGAUCGCCCUGCUCAGCGAGCUGGCCGAGCUGGAGGCACAGAGGCAGCGGAGCGAGCGGGCAACGCACGCGGAGGACGUGCUGGCCUUCAACCUGCAGCACCUGGCCACGCUGGCCACGGCCUGGUCUCUGGUGGAAGCUGCCGGCCUGGACAGUGCAGCCGCCUCGGCCCAGCCCCAAGCUGCCGACCCCCGUGGCGGCCCCAGGCUGACGCCUCGCAUGCGGAUUCUGCGGCGCAAGGAGACCUGGGCCCCCAAGACCAAGCCUGUGUGCCCCCUGAAGACCGCCAUCGACCAGCUGGACACCCAGGAGGUGGAGAUGCGCGUGCAGCUGGCGGAGCUGCAGCGGCGCUACAAGGAGAAGCAGCGGGAGCUGGCGCGGCUGCAGCGCAAGCGUGACCACGAGAGAGACGAGAGCUCCCGCAGCCCAGCUCGGCGGGGGCCCGGCCGGCCCAGGAAGCGCAAACACUCCAGCUCGCUGCCCGCCCUGCGCCCCGGGGGCCAGCUGGCCCGGCGUGACAGCAAGAAAGUCAGGGCCGUGCGGGCCAGCCUGAGUCUGCUGUGUGCGGAGCUGCGCGGCUCCAGCGAGCCCCCGAAGAAGCGGAACAGACUGGAGAAGAGCAUGUAUGCGGGGCUGCAGGCCGCGGAGAAGGUGCGGUGCAGGAAGCUUGGCGGCCAGCGCGAGCUGGCAUCCGCCGUGGCCCAGCUGAAGCCCAAGGCCAGGGCCCAGGCGCUGCCUGCCGGCCUUGGCCCCUUUCAGCGGAAGGAGGCCGCCCCGGGGGGACGCGUCCCCAAGAAGCUGUCCCGGGCCAAGAGCGCCAGGGCGGCCACUGGGCACCCACGGGCUGGCGGCGACGGCAGGGAGACAGCCACAUUCCCCGCCACACCAGCCACGGCCCGGACGUCCGACGCAGGCAACGGCUACGACAGCGAGGACUGCCAGGCCCUCCUGGGCACGGACGCCGCCCGCAAGGAGCCCGGGCUGCUCCUGCACGCGGGGGCCGGCACGGCCAUGCUGGGGCCGUCCCCCUCGUCGGUGGUCAAGAUGGAAGCCAACCAGAAGGCCAGGAAGAAGAAGGAGAGGCAGGGACUGCUGGGGGCCUGCCGCCUGUCCAGCCCCGAGGGCGAGGUCAAGGUCAAGAGAAGGACCGGGAAAGUGAACGUGGGCACCCAGCUGGAGCGGGCACCAGGCCGGCGGCCCCCAGGAGCCGCAGGCAAGGAGAAAGCCAAGGGGAAGGCCAAGGCCGGCCUGCGGCCAGAGCCAGGGGCUGCCCCCAGCAGGGACGCACUCUUCGGGCCUGCCCGGGCCUUCUGCCGCGGGGAGGGCAGCAAGCUGGCCAGCGAGCGGCUCCAGAGGGCCACGCGCAGGAGCGCCGUGCUACAGCCGGCACUGCGGAGGAAGAACGGUGCGCUGUCCAUCACCCUGUCGGCCCGCAACGCCAAGGCCGUCCUGGGGAAGGGCAGGAAGGCGGGCAAGGUGAAAACCAAACCCUCCGGCAAGCAGGGCCAGGGCCGGGCCAUGAGCCGGCUGCUGGAGAGCCUGGCCGGCGACAACGACUUCCAGGUCGAGGACAACAGCAGCUUCUCCGAGGAGGACGAGGAUGAGGCGGCGUCGGCCCGCGGGCCCCUGAGCGCGGAGCAGAGCGCGGCCCUGGCGCGCUCCUGCACCAUCCACAAGGAGGACCUGCAGGACGGGCUGCCCGUGCUCAUCCCCAAGGAGGACAGCCUGCUGUACGCGGGCAGCGUCCGGACCCUGCAGCCGCCGGACAUCUACAGCAUCGUCAUCGAGGGCGAGAGAGGCAACCGGCAGCGCAUCUACUCGCUGGAGCAGCUGCUGCAGGAGGCGGUCCUGGAUGUCCGGCCGCAGUCCAGCCGGUACCUCCCGCCCGGCACACGGGUCUGCGCCUACUGGAGCCAGAAGUCUCGGUGCCUGUACCCAGGCAACGUGAUCCGAGGAGCCUCGAGCGAUGAGGACGAGGGCCUGGACUCGGUGGUGGUGGAGUUUGACGACGGGGACACCGGCCACAUCGCCGUCUCCAACAUCCGGCUGUUGCCGCCCGACUUCAAGAUCCAGUGCACAGAGCCCUCUCCAGCCCUGCUGGUGCCCAGCAGCUGCCGGAGGCCCAGGAAGGCGAGCAGCGAGGCGCCCCCGCCCGGCGGAGCCCCCGCCCCCAGCCUGUCGCCCAAGCUGCAGGACUGCCCGGACACCCCCAAGACCCCUGGGAAGAAAUCCAUCGGCAAAGACAAGGCCGGCAAAGCCGAGCUCCUGACCUCAGGUGCCAAACCCCCCGCAGGGGCCUCGGAGCACUUCCUGGGCCGCCGGUGCGGCCCCCUGCUGAGCUGGUCGGCCGUGGCACAGAGCAAGCGCAGGGCGGCUGCGGCCGGCAGGGCCCCCGGGCUGCUGCAGAACCUCUUCCAGCUCCACGGUGGCGCCAGGAAACUGCGGGCCCGCGAGGCCCUGUUCCCCGUGCACAGCGUGGCCGCGCCUGUGUUCGGCAACGGCUUCCGCGCCGACUCCUUCAGCAGCCUGGCCAGCUCCUACGCACCCUUCCUGGGCGGCGGGGCCGGCCCGGGGCUGCCCGGCGGCGCCCACAAGCUGCUGCGGGCCAGGAAGGCGGAGCGGGCAGAGGCCGAGCGGGCCGGGCGGCGGCGGGCGGGCGGCGAGUUCCCCGUCAAGCUGGACCACGAGGGCGUGACCUCCCCCAAGACCAAGAACUGCAAGGCGCUGCUCGUGGGCGACAAAGACUGCGGCCCCCGGCUGCCACGGCCCCUGCCCGGCCCUGGCUACGCGCACCCGGCCCUCGUGGGCAAGGACAAGAAGGGGCGGGCGCCCGUGCACCCGCUGCCCGUGGGGCUGGCCCUGCGCAAGUACGCGGGCCAGGCCGACUUCCCCCUGCCCUGCGACAGCGACUGCCACAGCUCCUACUCCGACGAGGACGAGCUGGGGCUGGCGGCCGCCGUGCCGCCGCGCUUCCUCGCCCGCCUGCCCACCUCGUCCUCCUCCUCCGGCUCCUCCACCUCCUCCUCCUCGGGCUCCGUGUCCACGUCCAGCCUCUGCUCCUCGGACAACGAGGACUCCUCCUACAGCUCGGACGACGAGGACCCCGCCCUGCUGCUGCAGACCCGGCUGGCCCAGCCCGUGCCCGCCCUCCUGGCCCAGCCCGAGGCCCUGCGCUCCAAGGCAGCCAGCCCCCACGCCCACGCCCCGCGCUGCUUCCUGUCCAGGGCCUCGGCGGCCGGCGUGGGCGCGGGCGCUGGGCCCGGCGGCGGUGGCAGCGGUGGCAGGGCCAAGCUCAAGUGCAAGGAGGCCCUGAGCUUCUGCAGAGCCAGAGAGGCCUCCCGGAGGCCGCGGCUGCCGUCCGCGGAGAACCGGCCAAAGAUCUCCGCCUUCCUGCCCGCCCGGCAGCUGUGGGAGUGGUCAGGGAACCCCACGCAGAGGCGUGGCAUGAAGGGCAAGGCCAGGAAGCUGUUCUACAAGGCCAUCGUGCGGGGCAGUGAGACCCUGCGCGUCGGGGACUGCGCCGUCUUCCUGUCGGCUGGAAGGCCCAACCUGCCCUACAUCGGCCGCAUCGAGAGCAUGUGGGAGUCGUGGGCCAGCAACAUGGUGGUCAAGGUCAAGUGGUUCUACCACCCCGAGGAGACCAAGCUGGGAAAGAGGCAGAGCGACGGCAAGCACGCUCUGUACCAGUCGCAGCACGAGGACGAGAACGACGUGCAGAGCAUCUCACACAAGUGCCAGGUGGUGAGCCGGGAGCAGUACCAGCAGCUGAGCCGCAGCCGGCGCGGCCGGGACCGCCAGGACCUCUACUACCUGGCGGGCACCUACGACCCCACCACCGGCCGCCUGGUGACGGCCGAGGGCGUGCCGGUCCUCUGCUGAGCCGCCCUGCCCCAGCCGUCCUCGGGAGAGUAGAAUCCAAGCCAUAUUUCUAGUACCUCGGACCGGCUCCCGCCUGGAAAAGCAGGGAUCAGGUGUGUUAUUUAUUUCUCUGUAAAUAUCGUGUUCUGGGGGGUUUUACGGACACAGCGGAAACGGACUUCCCCGCCCUGGGGACGAGGGUGCGUGCGUGUGCGUGUGCGUGUGUGUGUGCGCGUACGUGUGUUGGGGUUCUGUUCCGGGGUUUUCUUUGGAAAUGCACUGUUCUCGGCCGCUGGGGCGGCAGGCGGGGGGAGGGGCGGGGCCCCAGGGGUCACCCCCGGGGACAGCUGUGUGGGCGGGAAGUCGCUCAUCCGUGUAGACAAAGGCUUCCGGAAGCCAGAGCAGAGUCCGCCAGCCACAAGGAUCUUACCUCUGUUUCCUACGACAAAGACGAACAAAUCCCUCCGGCGCAGGCUCCCCUCUCCCCUGAAUAUUCCAAGUGUCGCUGGGGCCGCUCCGGCCGGCUCCUGCCCCUCCCCAGUCCUGACCCAGGGUCCGAGCCCCUUCCUCGGCUCCAGGAUGCUGGGCCCCCUUUUUCCAGGGCCCUGGAAAGAGACCCCUCCCCUUGUGACCCGUCCCAGCCCCCAGGAGGGCUUGAGCGUCACUCCUGCGGGAGGCCCCUGCCCUCUCCUCUUUCCCCCACCUCCACCCCUGGGAGCCGUGGCACGGAGGGCAGCUUGGUGGGCUUGCGCCGGGGGCGGGGACCCCCAUGCCCACAUGCAGGGCCCCCCACCCCUCCCCCGGGCCCACCUGUAAGCCCCAGGACCAGCUCUGUGUGGACACAGCCUGGGAAUGGCAGGUGUAGGUGGGCGCCCGGCCCCUGCCCGCAGGCCAGUUCAGGCUGACCCAGAGCCCCUCCCACCCCUCCCCGCUGCCCCCCAUUCCUGCGGCUCCACAGGAGGGGCCGGUGGGCGAGUGGGGGUCCCGUCUCCGUCUUGGCACGAGUGCAAUAUUCAUUCCUGGUGGCGUUGGGGGACGUGGGGUGAGGGAGCCGGCCGGGCCUCGUGGCUGCCGCUCCGUGCGGGCCGGCCUCUGCCCUCCGUCUGCCCGAGCCGGCAGCCGCGAGACGUGUAAAUGUGUAACGAAGAGGAGGGUUGGAUUUUUUUUCAAUGUAAACACUAAAAACAAACAAAAACACAGGUUUUAUGAACAGCAGACUAUGUAAAGGCAUUUUAGUAUUAAAUUUUUUAUUGAUAACUUGCUUAAGGAUAAAUAUGUAAACUCUUGUCAGGUCCUCCCUCCACCGGGAUCUGCGUCAUCUGGGCUGCCCCGGCCGGAGACCCCCAGGGCCAGGGCCCCUCUCCUGGGCGGCGU